AUGACGUCGAACGGCGUGCCCUUCAACCAGCCGCCCGACCCGUCCAUGGCGGCGGCCAUGGACGAAGGUCUACCCCCGGAGCCCUUCCCAGCUCCCCAUCCCGAACCAGGCCCUGUCCUCGACGCCGAUGCCGACCCGAACCCCAUCCGCUUCCCCAACACACGACGACGCCGCGGAUCGGCCGACUCCUCCGACAACAAGAACACCCCGUUCAACACCCCGCACACCCCCAAACCCACAUCCACAUCCUACUCCGACCCAGACACCUGCCGCAUCUGCCGCGCCGAAGGGUCCCGCGAGGAACCGCUCUUCUACCCCUGCAAAUGCAGCGGCAGCAUCAAGUAUGUGCACCAGGACUGCCUGAUGGAGUGGUUGUCCCACUCGCAAAAGAAACACUGCGAGCUGUGCAAGACGCCGUUUCGCUUCACCAAGCUGUACGACCCCAACAUGCCCAAGGCGCUACCGGCGUAUGUGUUUCUCAGGCAUACGACAAAGUACAUAUUUCGGAACUUGCUGGUGUGGCUGCGGGCGGUGCUGGUAAUUAGUGUGUGGCUGGGGUGGCUGCCGUAUAUGAUGCGAUCGGUGUGGUCGUGUUUGUUUUGGAUCAGUGACGAAGGGUUGUUGGGCGGGCGGUCAGGGUUUUUUGGCGGUGGCUGGCCGUCAUCGGUCGGGGAUAAUGGGUUAGGCUGGGAUGGGCUCGCGGAUGCCCUGCUCCCCUUUGGGGCGGGUGCGGUAUGCCCUGCCAGCCCGCUGCUUGCCCCGACGACGACGCCGGUGGGUAUUGGUGGCCUUCUAAACAGUUUGCCGCCCGAGUCCGCCAAGUUGGUCCGGACCCUCUACGGGAUCAACUUGACGUCGAGCGACCCGAUCUACUCGACCUUCUUGCGGCUGCUGUUUGGCAGCGGGGGGUUGUCAAGUUCGGAUACGGUGUUCACUGGGAGCUACGCUCAUUACAACGUGAAUAAUACGUCAACGCGACUCCCCGAGCCGGAGCGCGAUACGUUGCUGAGUGGGGUCAACUUCAUACGGAACCUCACCUCCAGCCAGACAAUCAACCGGAUUAUCACAGACAUCCUCGAAGGGCAAAUCAUCACGCUGCUGGUCAUUGUGUGCUUUAUCCUCAUCAUACUUGUGCGGGACUACGUGGUGCAGCAGCAGCCGGAGAUUAACAUGCGGGCGGCCUUUGCGGCAGCAGGGAAUCAGCCGCAGGCGGAUGCCGUGGAGCCGGGACAUGGGGAUAUUGGGCUGGAUGAAGAGCACCAUUUCGGGGAUUUCCCCCUGGGGCUCGCGGCGCAUCACCGGUUCGAUGACUCGGCCAGCGAGACGAUCGAUGGGGACGGGCCUUCGCCAUUCCCGGACCACAUCCCCAACUUCAUGGGCGAGCCUUCGUCAGGCUCAGGUUCGGGAUCACAGCCUGUGAGAGCUUUCCCGCCUGGAUCCAACUUCCGCCCUGCCGUUUUGCCCGAAAGUGAGGGCCAGGUGCAGGACUUUGACCGGGCGACGGUACACGAGUAUCUGGCUAUUUACCGCGAAGCGGGUGGAGAUGCAGAGAGGAUUAUGAUGCUUGCGCAGGAGCGGGGACUGGAGAUGAGGCUGGACUAUUGGUUGCGCCUAACCCGGUCGAUGAUGGCCCGACAGCGCGAGGCCGAGCAGACUACUGGACCGUCUGACUCGGUUGGUCAAGGUCAAGGGGUUGGAAAUGGGGAGAAUAGCAGCUUGUUUGGUGCGCCUGCUCAGUGGUCGUUCCGGGACGCUAAUGGCAACGGGACUGGGAAUGAGGACGGACACAGGGACGCGGACAGGGACAGGGACCUUAAGGAGGAUGAGACCCGCGGGAUUCUAGGCGGCCGGAUCGCGAACCCGCUGCGGCCAAGGGCACACACGGACGGGCCCCCGAUCAACAACACGAUCAACCCGCUAGCUAACAACAACUGGUCGUUUGCCGAGCUACCACCUGCUGCUCCGUCAUCUGGCGCAUCGGGUUCUCAACCGCCAAUGUUUCUCGGUGCGGACCGGCCGGUCGAACCAGAACGGGCUUUCCCAGCGUGGGACCCGUCAGAAGAUGUCCCGGAACCCGUAACACACACGAUCCGACCGCCGACACCACCGCGGGAACCAUUAGCCGCCGUACCAACACCAACAACACCAGCAGCAGCAGGAGCAGCGGCAGCGCCUACACUAAGACCUGCACUUGUACCAGCAGCACCUCGACGUCCUGGUUUCGCAGGCCGGAUCGCCGACUUCAUGUGGCGCGAUGUCGAGAACCUCGAAGAAGCCGAUCUCGCACCCGUCAACGUUGUGGGCGACUUUGCCGAAGAUGACCCCGACGACGACGUCCACGGCAACAACGGGCCACCACCACCACCCAAUAACAACGCAGGCGACGACGCCGCCGCUGGCGCCGCAGCAGCAGUAGCAGCGGCAGCAGCGGCCGCAGCACAAGACGGAGAUGCCGCCGACAUGGCCGCGGCCGGGCUCGACGCGGAAGCGAUGGAGGAUGCCGAAGACCUCGAGGGUAUCCUAGAGCUGCUAGGUAUGCGCGGGCCGAUCUCGGGCCUGUUCCAGAACGCCAUCUUCUGCGCGUUCCUGGUGUCCAUGACGAUCUGCUUGGGGGUGUUUGUGCCGUACAAUAUCGGCCGCGGUACGAUCUGGGUGCUGGCCAAUCCGUACCGCAUCGCGCGCAUGGUGUUUGGCUUCUGGACCAUGGUGCAGGACUUGGUGUUGCUGGCUUUGGGGGCGGUCGCCACGGCAGCGUGCGAGUUUGUUCGCGUGAUUCUGGGCCAGGUGUUACGGGUGUCGUUUGUGGCGAAACAUGCCGGCGACGGGGUGCGGGUGUCGUGGGCGAUUGCGAAGGGCGCGGCAGGUCGGAUCGGGAGCAGCUUUGUGUCGGAUCUACCGCUGUUCUCGGCGGCUGAGGUGCGCAAUUUCUCGGCGGUCAGCCACGAGGCGCUGUUCUCGCUCAAGGCGAGUGUUGGGCAGGCCGUGGCUGGCGUGGGCCACGGCGUGGGAUAUUUACUGGGGGGUGAUUAUGCGAGAAAAGGGGCCGAGGUCUAUGCUGUUGCGGGUGAAGCUUGGGGGGUUGUCAAGGAAUUUGCGGCGAACCCCAACUCGUGGAAUCCCAGCUCAUGGAAUCUCAGUUUGCAGAUCCCGAGCGGGGACAACAUCACCAAGGCCAUCGACCCUGACCUCGCGCACUGGAACGGCAUGGACCGGUUCUGGGCUGUGCUGGCCGGCUAUGCCUCGUUCGCCUCGGCGGCCGCGCUGUAUCUCCGGCACGGCCUGCCGUUCUCGUCAUCGUCCGGCGCGCAAGAGUGGGAAGCGUCGCUCGUCGACGUGCUCACCCAAGCGAGCGGCGUGCUCAAGGUGAUCCUCAUCAUCAGCAUCGAGAUGCUCGUGUUCCCACUGUACUGCGGCCUGCUGCUGGACAUUGCCCUGCUGCCGCUGUUCGAGGCUGCUACCUUCUCGUCGCGCCUGCGAUUCACCCUGCGCUACCCGCUGACGUCCAUCUUCGUGCACUGGUUCCUCGGCACCGCCUACAUGUUCCACUUCGCCCUAUUUGUAUCAAUGUGCCGCAAGAUCAUGCGCAAGGGCGUGCUCUACUUCAUCCGCGAUCCGGACGACCCGGAGUUUCACCCGGUCCGUGACGUGCUAGAGCGCAACGUCACCACCCAGCUGCGUAAGAUCCUGUUCUCGGCUUUCGUGUACGGCGCGUUGGUCAUCGUGUGCCUCGGCGGCGUGGUCUGGGGUUUAUGGGUGUGCAUCCGCGGCGUGUUGCCGAUUCACUACGCAUCCAACGAACCCGUGCUCGAGUUUCCUCUCGACCUGUUGUUUUACAACUUCGUCAUGCCUUUUGCUGUGCGCGUCUUCCAGCCUAGCCACGCCCUGCAUGCCAUGAACACCUGGUGGUUCCGCCGUUGUGCGCGUGCCCUGCGCAUCACCUGGUUUCUCUUUGGCGAGCGCCGCAUGGACGAGGAAGGGGUAUUGGUUCUGGCCGAGGACUCCCCUGAUCGGGCACUGCCCUUUUGGCGCCGCUGUUUCCUGGAGAUUGACCGCGAGUCGGGGCGGGUCGUGGCCCGUUCCUGGCGGGGGAUUUUCGAGGCCGGUAUCGCGAAGCCCAUAUCCAUCCAAAACGGCCGGCUGGUCGACCACAAUGCUGGCAAAGCCAAACUCGUGCGGACCGGCGAGUUGAUCGAGAAUGGCCGGUUUGUGCGCACCCCGGCGUCCGACCAGGUCAAGAUCCCCAAGGGCACGGGUGUGUUUUUGCCCGUCGACGAGAACAACCGACGCAUCGAUGCCAACGAAUUGGACGGCCCCUCGCGAGGCACACGCCCUUCCGACAUCUACUCGACCAAGCACUACCAGAUCGUCUACGUGCCACCACACUUCCGCCUGCGCGUCUUUGCCUUCAUCCUGUACAUCUGGAUCUUUGCUGCCAUCACGGGCGUCACUUUCACUAUUGUCCCGCUCGUCUUUGGCCGCUGGAUGCUGCGCCAGCUGAUCCCUGCACAUAUUCGCACCAAUGAUGUGUAUGCUUUUAGUCUAGGCGUACAUGUCCUGGGGUCGGCGGUGUACGCGCUUUUCCAUGCGAGAAGCAUCUAUGCGAGUGUGAAGCACUGGGCGGUGGUGCGCGUCGGGGGUGUGGUCAGGGAUAGUGGGGUGUUGGGGGGGCUAAAGAGGGCGACGGAGCGGGUCUUGAAGGUGGUUUAUACCUAUGCUUUUGUGUUGGUGGUCGCGCCGUUGAUGACGGCGUCGUUGUUGGAGCUGUACUUGCUCAUUCCGCUCAAUGAGAUCAUGUACGGCAUGGGGACUUUCCCACUCGUCGUCUCUAACACCAACACAACUGCUUUCAGCUCCACGAACAACACCACGCUCAACCCGGCCAACAUCUUCAACGCCACAACAACAGCAACCCCCCUCGCAGAACUCCAACCAACCCACUACCCAUCCCCCCCACACACCAUCCGCCUCGUCCAGUCCUGGACCAUCGGCCUCCUCUACCUCAAACUCGCCACCCGCUUCAUCAACACCUGCUUCCGCGGCUCACGUCUCUCCAACGCCGCUCGCGCUGUCCUCCGUCGUGGGUGGCUUGACCCAGAUGUGCGUAUCCUCACGCGCUGCUUUGUAUUGCCUGCUUUGGUUGCAUGGAUUGUGGCUGUUACUGUGCCGUUGGGUUUGGCUGCGGCUUUGGUGAGACGGUGGGCGCCUUCUGCGGAGCAUAUCGUUAUGGCAGGCAAGGCCGUCGUGGCUGUGUCAAGCACGACGGUGUAUAGGUUGAGUUACCCGAUUGUGGCCGGGGUGGUGAACUUGGGGUGGUUUGUGUGGAAAGGGGUGGGCGUGUGGAGGGGGUGGAGGGUGAGGAUAAGGGAUGAGGCGUAUUUGAUUGGGGAGAGGUUGCAUAAUUUUGGGGGGAGGAUUAGGGGGUAA